AUGCCCAACAUGCCUGGUGCGAUGAUGUCACCUGGAGGUAACGUCACCGUGCCGGGCACGUUGUACGGGGGACACUCUAGCAUUCAGGUAUGUAUAGAUGUCAAGCUGACAGAUUCCCACACUCAAUACGCACAGUUGGGCAAGGACGUGACGUUACAGUGCGGGUCGGUGGACAGGGACGCCGUCGUCACCUGGACGGCCAACAACACGGACCUCGACGCCUCCCACCUCAACGGUUCCUGGCUCGUCUUGCGGCACGUGGACCUUUCCCACAGCGGCCUGUACUCCUGCUACGAGGGAUCGUCGUGGCAUCUCAAGUAUCGGGUCAACCUCAGAGUAGGAACACCUCCCAAGGAGCCCGUUCUGAUGUGCCGGUCCAAUAACUACCCCAACGGCUUCUACUGCAGUUGGCACCUGCCCAGCCCGACGUACAUCCCAGAUGCUUUUAACAUCACCGUAAAGCACGACUCUAAGGACAUCGUGUGUGAGAAGGACAUGUCCCCCAAGAACCGGUGCUACAUCCGCUACCUUCACCUCUUCUCCACCAAGAAGUACAAGGUGACCCUGACGGUCACGAACGCCCUGGGCAGGAACUCCACCACCAUCUCCUUCGAUGAAUCUGCGAUAGUAAAGCCGGACCCUCCGGAGAACGUGGUGGCAAAGCCAGUCCCCAACAACCCCCGCAGACUGCUGGUGACGUGGCAGUACCCUUCAACGUGGCCCGAUCCUGAUUCCUUCCCCCUCAAAUUCUUCCUGCGGUACCGCCCGCUCAUCAUCGACUACUGGCAACACGUGAGUGGCAGCUUCAUGUCGGACGGGACAUCCCACGUCAUCACAGAUGCCUACGCCGGCAAGGAGUACAUCAUCCAGGUCGCGGCCAAGGACAACGAAAUCGGCACAUGGAGCGAUUGGAGCGUGGCUGUGCAUGCCACUCCCUGGACAGAGGAGCCCAAGCACCUCACCACCGAAGCCCAAGGAACAGGGAAAGGCUCUGACGCCCGCCUCAGGAGUGUGGAGGAAAGACUCUCAGAAGUCCUGAAGAGGCUUAAACGCCUGGAAACGCUCAUGGAGAUUGACUCUGUGCCCGGCAACACCACAGCCAAGGAGGCACCUACCUACCCCCCUUCCCCCUUCUUCUCUCUGAUUUCUCGGAGAGCCAGUUUGCGGCACUGGCAAGCACCCACUUCAUCUCUGCAGGAGCCCUGGGACAGUUUCAAGACUCUGCCUUGGAGCCCUGCGGAGAAGGUCGCCCGGAACAUCGGUCUUCGCUUCCGUUUUGCACAUGAUCUGAAGGACGUGCCCCCUUCCUCUCCCUUUGGCUUCUCGCCCUCGAAGGACCAGGCCUCUGAGGUCUGGAGACGCCGGACUCACCUCUCCCCAAAGACACGCCUUCCCUGCAUUUGA